AUGUUUUCCUUGAGAGCCGAUUCACCGAAAUCUACGGGAAGUUGCAAUCCUUGUUCUUCUACUAGUAAGUCAAUGAAUGCUCAAGAAAGCGCUAGAUCCAGAUACACGCUGCCGAAUUUCUCAACCGCGAGUAACGUUUACCUCAGAAUAAAACCAAAAUUCACAGAAGUAAACGAAGAAAGUUGUACGGUGUUAAACUCGACGACUCUUAUCGUAAAGAAAAGCGAACACUCUGACAAAAAAUUCAGUUUCACAAAGAUCUUCGAGUCGGAAACGUUGCAAGCUGAUUUAUUUGAUCACAGCGUGCGACAGCGUGUCGUUGCCUUUCUUUUUGGGGAAAGUUCAACGAUCGUGGCCUAUGGAGCUUCUAAUUCCGGGAAGACCUACACCCUGUAUGGAACGACAGAAUCACCCGGUGUUAUUCCCCACAGCAUCAAGUUCCUCUUCUCUGCAGUAAACUCCACUCUGGUACCGUGGUAUAAAGUCACCGACGACAAUCAAAUUGUUGUUUUGGACGAUUACGAGCAGCAACAAGAGGCGCAACUAAAGCACAGCAUAAUAAAGCCGAGCGUGAUAGGAAAGGACGAAAGCAUGAACGCUCGAUCGUCCCUCGAUAAUUCCUGUCUACUGAUUCCUGAAUUGGAAGAUCGUGAAAUCCGUGGAGAGGACGCGAUGUCUUCCGUUUGGCUCUCCUUUGCACAGAUCUACAACGACAAAGUCUACGAUCUACUGGUCGUUGACGAUCAAGAAAGAUAUCCUUUGAAGUUGACGGUACGCAAAGACGGUUCCACUUACGUAAAAGGGUUGAAGUCCGUUCACGUUAUUACUGGCUUGGAGGCUUGUCAACUGUUGGUCUUUGCGCAGUCGAGGAUGAAAGUAGCGUCGACAGCAUUAAACGACGAUAGCUCCCAAUCUCAUACCUUUGCUAUGAUCAGACUACUGAUGUACAAGAAGAAGAAUGCAACGAACGAAGUGCAAGUUAGUACGUUGACGUUCUGCGACGUGGCUGCCUCCGGACGUUUCAACAGCAGCAUAGAGACCACCAGUCUAACGAAGCUGCGAAGCAUAGAAAACAGUUUGCUCGUACUUAGAAGAUGUUUGAAAAGCGUUUGCGACAGUCAUACCAGCGGCAAUCAAGUCAUUGGACCGUUCCGUGAAUCGAAGUUGACGAGAAUUCUUCAAAAUGCUUUAACCGGUCGGGAAAAUAUUUGUUUCGUCGUUACCGUCGACAUUGCAGACAUUUUAUCUCUCGAAACGAUGGGUGCUUUAAAUAUUUCCUCGAUCGCGAGGAGGUUGGGAUUUGGAUCCAAGGAAUUUAAACGAGGGUACGUUUCCGAAACGACGCCACGGAAUCCGAAGAUGUCUUUCCUACCGUCUGUCGUACACACUUCUGAGAAAACAGGAAGCUUUAAAGAGCGCGAAAAUCUCGGGACAGCGACGUCGAAGUACGAGGGACAGACCGAGUCGGAAGAUAAUUUGUGUCUCGUUUGCAAAGAGUUGCGAGACGAGAACGAACGGUUGAUAGAGAAGCUCGAAACUUUGGAAUCCGAACGCAUGAAGCACGAACUGGAAAUACGACACGAAUUGUCGAAUCAGCAUUUGAACAUUAUCAAAAAGCUGGAAGCCUCUUGGGCAAAGCGAGUACAAAAUAUCGAAAACCAGGAACAGGAUUUACUGAAGUGGUCGGUGAAUCACGUUAAAGCGUUUUACAAAGAACGCAUCGACAAUCUGACGAGUAGUAAGAAGAGAUCGAGCUGCGACAACGACGAGAGCUCGGACGAAUCUCAGUCGAUUUACGAAGAUCUCGAAAUCGAAAACGCGCAGAUCACUUCGAAAGUGGUCGUUUUGAGGGAAACUGUGUGCAGUUUAAAAUCUGAAAACGAGUCGCUUCGUACGGAUAAAAAUAAAUACAGCUUAGAGCUUGCGUUGGUCAAACAGAAACUGAUGGAUGUUUACGAUACGAUUCGAACGCAUUUCCCCGAGUUCGUUUUAAACGUCGAAGACAAGAGUGACUCCGUUCUACUUGUCGAUGGAUUGGUGCGUGCCUUCGUCGAAAAGAUAAAAAAUAUCGAAAUGUUGGAGAAGGAUUUGAGCGAAGCAAAAGAUAACUGCGCUAGUAUGACUUCUACCUUGACGAGGCUAGAGAAAGAAUUGCAAGAUACACGGAUUGCGUUUCAAGAAACUUUGAUCGAAACAAAAGAUCUUGAAAACGAAUUGUACGGGAAGAUAAAUUUCACACACGAUUUGCAAAAAGAAUUACAGUCGUUGAAGAAGGAGCUGGUCGAGUUGCGCAAAUGUCAGGCCAAUUACGAUAAGUCAAAAUCCAUUGAAAAAUGCAUCGACGAUUCGACGCGGAAAUGCUCCUCGGUUUACAGUAACGACUUUUUCUGCAACGACGACAUUGGUGACACUGAACCGAUAACGCAAGCCCACGUGGACACCAAAAUGGAACACUAUUUUACUUUUAAUAACAAAAAGUCCUCGAAGAAAGUAUCUUUGAACGAUUCCGAUGCAGACACUGGCAAAUGUCACGACGACAGCAUGAAAGAAGACUCUGGUAUCGAUUCUAGUUGCAGGAGCCGUAGAUCAACCAGUGUUUGCGACAGUUUGACGCCGAACAAUAUUACGGUAUACGAAAAAAUGGAACAAUUAAAAAUCGAUAACGCAAAUUUGAGAAAGCAAUAUAUGGAAGAAAAAGAACACGUUACGGAAUUGCUUCAGCAAGUCGAUGAUAUGAAAGAUGUUAUACGUGCUUUGAAGGAAGUCUCAGAAUUCGGAAAAACCGAAAUUAGGGAGUUUAGAAGCAGCUUAACGAUGUUCCGAGUUAAUACCGAAGAUCUGGUCAAGACAAAUUCGAUGAAAAAUGAAAAUUAUGAUUCAAUACGUCUUAACAGCUCGUUAAGCGAAUUAUCCGUGCUUCGCGAACAGAUGGAAACGUUGUCCGUGAAAUGUAGAGCAGAGCACGUUUCUAAGAUCGAGGAAUUGGAAAAAGAAGUGGUCGCGAAAACUUUGGAACUGAACGAGAUAAAUGGCAGAAUGACGGAAGCGCAAAGCGAUCUGUCCAGGGUGCACCGGCUGCACGAAAAGGUUAACGAACUCGAAACUGUUCUCGAAAAGUGCCUGGAGGAGAGGAACAAUUAUCGCAAGCUAUCGCAAGAACACUUAGAGACGCAGUCAAUGUUGGAAAUUAAAUUGAAGUGUCUGUUGGCGGAAAUUCAAAGCAGAGAUCGCGAACUGAUUUCUCUGAGAACGGAGCUCAACGACGCGACGUUGACAAACACCGCGAACAGCGAGAAAGCGAAAAACAUAUACAAACAAAUUAACGAAACGAAUGAAACCAUGCUCUAUAUUACAUCAAAAUUAGUACGUUUCGAACAAGUACGAGAGCGGCUGGAGAAGAUGUUCGAAGAAGGAAUUUCUAAUAUGCAGAUACGUCUGAGCACUUUUGCAGCGAAUACGGCGUUUUUAAAUCGGGUCUGCGAGGAGAACGAAUCAGUCGACGGAUUGAAGUUGCAAUUGCUCGAGAAAGAAAGAGAGAUCGAAUUAUUCAAAAGAGACAGGAAUACGAUGACGAGUAAAUACGAGUGUUUAGUGGGUAAGUUGCGGAUUGAAAUUGAUAAAAGGAUACAACAGUCCAUAAAAUUUAAGAAAUUGUUCUUGCUGAGCAUUUCGAGAAGGCAUUCGAAAUUUGUCGGUAAGAAGCACAGGAAAUUAAAAGUUUCUUGCUUACGAGAACCGAUGCGACGUAGUGCGUCCGCCUGGUUGACCAGAGCAAGUAGAAGAAUCGAAGACAAGGAAUCCGUUUCGAUUAUCUCCAGGUGUUCUACUGGCCAGCAACGUCACGCACAGUCUUUGUGCUCAUACUCUUCAGAUAAGAACGAAACGUUUGACACUGGUAGCCUGAGCAACACUGAAAGAUCAUAUUCGACAGAAGGCAGUUCGAGGUUAAACAACUGUAACGCAGAAGUAUGCCAGAUUCAGAGCGAUGCUUCCGACUGUUCGGAAGCGUGCUGUAGAUGCUGCAUUGGCUUCAAAGAUGCUCAAAGGCAAGGAAGAAUGUCGGGCUGGAUGAAAAUAUACAUAGAAGCACUUAAACCAAGGAUAGUAAAGAAACAGCUCUCCGGUCAUUGUACUAACGCGCGCGACUCGGAUCGCGUUUGGGGCGAAGGUGGGUCACGAGUGCAGGCUCUCAAAGCAAUAGCUUUGUGCUCCACUCCAAAUACCAAAAGUGGAAAGGCUCAAAUAAAUACACCAACAGCUUUUGAGAAAGAUAUAUCGAAAACACGAAGAAUCAUUCAACCCACAAUGACAAUCAUUGAUAGAACAAUAAAUGUCGAUAAAAGUCUGUCACGACUAAUAGACUCGAUUUACGAUCGAAUGGAAAAAGGUGAAUCUUCAACUUCCAUGAACAUGGACAGUUAUCGAGAUUGCAGAAUGCACGGUUAUCACGAUGAAGAGAAUGGAGGAUUCCAUUCAGUCGAAUUCUUGCCGAGGGCGCAACGACGACGGAACGCGGAGCUGAACGACUGUCAUUGUUGUCAUUUUUACGGACAUUAA